GGCUCCGCCCCGCCUCGGCCGCCAUGUUGCGGCGGCGGCGGGAGCUGCGGUGGGAGAGUGGGGGACGGCCAGCGCGUACGGAGCAUGCACGGCGCGGAGCAGCGUCCCACGGACGCGCACCCUGGCCAGUGGGUGCUCAUUGCACCAGAGGCUGUUACUGACCCCUCUAAGACACCUGACAGCGAACCUUUGUUUACAAAACUGCGCAAUCCAAGCACAGGGGAAGCAACUCUUUACUUAUUCAAUAGUGGUGCACAGCAGCUGUUUGAAGUAAAAGCUUUUCAUGAGGAACAUCGUUCCUGGUUUAUCGAUGACACUGUGCAACAAGAUGGGCGCCUGCUGUUUGUUACACCAAUGGAUCCUUUAUUUCUGAUACUUUACUACCUCAUGAAGGCAGACAAGGAGCAAGGAAAGUUCCAGCUACUCGAUCAAGUUGUGCUAGACUCAGAGUACCCUAACUGCCCAUUGCUGCUGAAGUGUGCAGAUGUUAAACAGUACAUACAUCACGUAACAGAAGAAAAAGCAAUUGGCAGUCAGAAAUUCUACAAAUACAGCCAAGAGAAGACACUGAAAUGGUUAAAGAAAAAGGUCAAUCAAACAGUGAAAGCACUUAAAAGCAACAAUAUAUCUGUAGGUGAAAGGGUGCAUGCAGCUACAUGUAUCAGCGAUGAACAGAUCACAGAUACUAAAGAAGACUGCCCUGUUCCUGGAGACUAUGUACGGUAUGCCCAUGGGUUAAUAUCAGAAUAUAUUCCUGAAGAUCUGAGUAAGGAGUUGUUAAAAUACUUAGGGCUCCCAGAACUUAAAAGCCCAGUACCAGAGCCACCACUGAAGAAAAGGAAAUUGUCAGAUGCCCCUGUGGAAGCAGAAGACGGCUAUACUAAAUUUAACAGCAGCAAUCUGAAAACCAAAAAGAUGCCUGUGCAACGGCGUGCAAGGAAGAAAUGAGAGGAGCAUAAAGGAGACUCGCUAAUAUUAUUUUAACUUGCCAUAAUCUCAAAGCAACUUUUAAAGGCUUUUUUUACACACUUUCUGAAAAUAAAUGCUUGAAGUUAGACAUGCCCUGUUCCAAGAAAAAGCAAAUCUCAGCAGAUUAACGUUGUUAACUAUGCAGUGUGUUAAACAUACACUGCUUCAAAUUUUAUAGUUUAUACACUAUUGGUCUGUCGGGCCCUUCCAGGAAAGCACUUACGAGCAUGCCUAAUGUUAAGCACAUGAGCAGUGGUCUUGAAGUCAGCAGCAUUGUUCAUGUGGGUAAGUGCUUUGCUGGAUCAGCGCCUAAAGUCCUGUUAGGUGUUGAGCAUCCUGAUCCAUAUCCAGCAAAGCACUUACGUCCAUGCUUAUCUUGAAGUGGAAGAGAAGUAUCAGCCGAACUGAUAUUUGUGCAUUAGUGUUCACCAUAAAAUCUCUCUUGGCACAGUGACCCACAUGCUUAAUAUUAAGCACCUGCCUAAGUAUUUUGCAAGGUCAGACCAACAGCACCCUUGAGCAAGCCUGAAGUAUUUGCUUGCUUUUGUAUGAAUUUUCUUCUUUGUUGGACUCGUCGGUUUUUAGCAGCGUAUGUGAUUGUAGUGGCCAUGAUUACAAGUUUUAGAAGCUGUAUAGCAAAAUAUGUUGUGUGCAACUUUCUCCUUUCUUUUUCAACAUCUAGCCAAAUUCAGCAAGAUGGCCUUUUGGGACUGGAAGCCCAAUGUUCAGGCGUAGAAAAAUGAAAAAAAAUGAAAAAAAAAAUGAAGAAAACUCUGUUUUUUAGGACACUUACAUUGUAUGGAAUCGUUUCAUUGUGUUUGAUUUACAUGGCUUUGCCCAACCCUGACCUGUUACCCAGAUGUCACCUAGCUCUGAUUGUAUGCACAGGAUGACUCAAAGUGCUAAAGCUUAAGGUGGGACGUAUGUUCGGGAGGGCAGAUGGAAAAGUUGUAUUUUUGUUCUACUUCUUUUAUUCUAAGGGAUUGAAACCUUGGAAACGUGUAUAAAAUAACACAUACAUUUUCUGUUGAGAGCUAAACUAAAACUGAUGUUAAUCAUCCAGGUAAAGAAGACCUAAUUAUUUAUUUAACGUUUGUUCUUAUUUAAGAGACACUUUCUGUGGAGUGGACUGCAACCAAGAUAUCAACCUGAGUCUACAUAAAAAAACGCAGAAAAGGGAUAGUGAAACCCCUAAGUGAUCUGUAUCAGAUGCUGUCUCACUUUUUUAACUUCAAUACCUGUUUAUCAAACUAAUAGUAGUGUCUAAAUUUUUGCUACAAAACUUUUUUAAAUAAUAAUUGACAGGAUUUUUAACAUAACGAAUGUGUACCACUGGUAAUUUUAACUAUGACCCCAGGUCACAGACACCUACGUCGAGUGGCCAAAAUGUUCUGUAAACCUGGAAUAUAUUUGAAGGGUUCUAGAUAAGGAGUAAAAAAAAUAUUUUGCUUCUACUCUGACAAUUGCUGCCUAACUUCAAAUCAAACAAGAGCUCCAGGAAGACUUUAUUAGGACGUUGCUGAAAACUAAAUGCCAAGACAAAGAGGCAAUAGCUUAUGCAACUUUCUUUUCAACUGAUUCUGAUUGGCUCUGUUUCAGAACAUGAAAAACCUGAACUGUUAACCAUUUAGAAAUCAGGUGUGCAAGGAAAAGUAAUCAGAAUGCUUAGAAAUUUGCACUGGAUUCUUUUUGGUGCUUGUACGCUUCGCUGGUUAAGCAAUGUGCACUGUCCCUUUUCAAGGAAAAAACCCUAUUUAUGUUAAUGUAGUUCUCUAGGCAGUUUCUGCACAAUAUGGGUCCAAGAUGGAAUUUCUAUUUUUCUAGCUUACAUUAAAGAAAAUGCUUGGUGGAUGAAUAAGAUUAUAUAUUUCAGUAAAAUGUGGUUCCUUUUUUUGUAAGAUUUUAUUUUUGUUUUA